AUGAUGUUUAAAAAACUCAUUAGAGCUGAACUUAAUUUCAAUCGUAUUUUUGCCCGAGGUUUGGGCACUAAACUGUCAUGGGACAUCGUAACAGGAGUCUGCAUUGAAAGGUUACCAGUGGUCACUCCACCAUUAAGUGAAAUUCAGAAUAAAUACAAAGACCUGCUGUAUACCCUAGAAGUGGAAAAGAGCAUGAAGUCCCAACAUGAAAUAAGACAUGAAAGUGAUAAAGUGCAGGCGGAACUUCUCAAGAAUGAGUCAGUUGAUGUAGAUUUAGAUGCAGUAAGUAAAAUUACCGCACAGGACUUUGAGGAUGCUUCCAAUGAAGAAUUUAACAAAUUCAAAUUUGCAGAUAUUGAGACAGAUGCUGACAAAAAAGGUGACAAAACCUCGACAGAGAGAUGUCUUCAAAAGCACUUGGUAAUGGUUACUCCAAUAAAACUGGGCUCUGAUUUAAAGACAUUGCUACCUCAAGGUUUGUGGAAAGAAGGAGAGACUUUAAGACAGACUGCAGAAAGAGUUGUACAAGAGCAAUGUGGGCCUGAAUUAAAAGUGCAAUUUGUAUCAAAUGCGCCAUGUGGAUUUUAUAAGUAUAAAUAUCCGUCUGAAGUCAAUGGAAAAGUAGGAGCUAAGGUAUUCUUCUAUUAUGCAAACUACAAAAGUGGUGCUCCUAAGACGAAAUCAAACUGGCUCACUAGGAAUGAACUCAAAGAUAUAUUGCCCGACAAAUACAACAAGUCUGUCAACGAGUUCCUAAUAGAAGAAACAUACUGA